CAACGUUUCGCUUUCAUAUACAUACACCAUGAAGCCCGAAAUCUAUGUUUUUAUACUGUCAUCAUAUCUCUACCGGUGUUUUGCCAUUGUUGGUCCUAUCACAGAAGAUUUUGUGCAAUACUUGAAAGAAGUGGAACAUACAAAUUCCGGGUUGCUUCGCCACGUUAAAAGUUUCGAUCACACUGGGUCAUUCGGAGGGAAAAGUUUUCCACAAGAAAAAGUUAAACAUUCACCAAUUGUAUUCAUUCACGGAAAUUCGGAUUCUGCGUUGAAAUAUGGUAAUGAUCAAUAUCAGUCCGGUUGGGACACAGUUGUCCAGUAUUUUAUGGAUCGUGGAUAUACGCUGGCAGAGCUAUAUGGAAUAUCUUAUGGUGACAGGAACAUGACACAAUCUGUUUUUAGAGUUUUCAACUGUCAGGACCUAUUGCUCCAUCGCCAGCUUCUUCUCUCAGUUUUAGUGUACACCGGUGCCCGACAUAUUGACAUCAUUGCUCAUUCAAUGGGAGUAAGCAUCGCACGGGCAAUUAUCCAAGGCGGAAAAUUCACAUCAGAGAAAGAAUCGUGUGACCUUGGUUCAGACUUUUCAUCUUUAAUAGGAACAUUCAUAGCAAUUUCCUCUGCAAAUUAUGGAAUGUGUUCAUGUGAAGCUGGCACGGCUUUUCCAGCUUGUGACAAAGAAAUUGGUUUUUUCCCGGGUUAUUGUCCAAGACAAAACUGUUCUUCUCCAAGUAUUAAAAUUGGUGCUCAAUGCUAUAAGACAAAGUACUCCAAAUUUCUAACAAAGCUCAAUAAAGUUCAUAAAAAAGAAGCAGAAUUCAUAGCCAGUAUUUGGAGCAAAGAUGAUGAAGUUUUUCUGAAAGGGAAUCUAGUUUGGGGAAAACAGACAUCAUUGGUCCCAGGCAGCAACAUUUGGAAGGAGUAUCCUCAGUUAACACAUAUGGAAACUAAAACUGAAACAGCAGCGGACCAAUUUAAAAUCAUUACUUCAAGAUCUGCUCCGUCAGCGCAAACUAAAAAAUCAUAUGCGAAAAGAAAAAACUGGAAUUUUUAUUGACAGAAUUGAAUGCAUAAAGAUUUAUAUCACUUU